UGGAAUGGACAGAGCUUUCACUGAAAUGACUCAGGAUAGAAGAGAAGGAAUCGCAAGAGUCCUGCUGAAAUACCUGAGGAAAUCUGUGCACCUCAUCAAUGGACCAGCUUGCAGGCAGGACAUCCACGAUGACAAUGACUGGCUUGCAAUCAACCUGGGUUCAUACUCCGAGUACACAACCUAUUCGGAUCUCAAAGACUUCAACAUCUCAGGGGUGGCAGUUCUAGACUCCCUCUCACCAAACCAGAAAGCUGAAUUGAUACUGGACCCAAGCACUGGCGCUCUGGAGAAUGAGACUCUUGUGAAGAACGUUUUCAUCAGCUUGCUGGAAUCUCCAAGGGAAGAGCAGCUCAAUGAGUUCUUUGUGACUUUUGUUGAAGUCACCAAGCAGGUCAGUACAUCACUCUCUGGCUGGAAUGGACCUUGUACAGAAAACAUCACUAUCAUCACAAACACAGCCGUAAGAGACACAAUGCUAGACCUGACCUUGAUGGCUCUUGCUCCCAAAUUCGACGUUUUUGAGCCAAAAGACUUCCAGCUGUGGUUCCAAGUCAAUCUGGUUGUUCUGCUGGCCAGCUUCCAUCCUGGCAGAUUGGUUGAUAUCCCCCUAAACAUCACCUGUGAAUCCUACAAUGCCAUGUAA